UUUGCCAUCAAAAACAGGUUUCGGCACCGAAGUAAGGCAUUUCCCAAGAGGGAACACUGGCUCGACUGGGCUAAAGAGAAAUACGACGAGCGGCUCAUCUCACAGAUUAAGAUGGUCACGAAGGUCAUGUUCCUGUACAUCCCACUCCCCAUGUUCUGGGCCUUGUUUGAUCAGCAGGGUUCCAGAUGGACAUUGCAAGCAACGACCAUGUCUGGAAAAAUUGGAGCAAUUGAAAUUCAGCCCGACCAGAUGCAGACAGUGAACGCCAUCUUGAUUGUCAUCAUGGUCCCCAUUAUGGAUGCUGUGGUGUACCCGCUCAUUGCAAAAUGUGGUUUCAAUUUCAC